UGUUGGACGGAAAUGGCUGCUGCUGUCAGACACUCUCAAGCUAAUGUUGGGAAUGUCGUGUAAAUAUCCACUCACUGACACUCUGUUGCUGUUGUGCCCUCGAGGGACAUAUGAAUGAUGGGGGAACUGCUAGUGGAUUAACAGUCAUCUGCUGAAUUCUCUGUGUGUGUUUGUGGCGCAGCUGCGUCGUCCUGAUUUUUCUGAAGCGCUCUGAGAUUGAGGUGACUAUGGCAUCCAGUUUAAACCAGAUGAGCACAGAACCCUACUCGCUUUCAGGAUCCAAUGGACUGAAUGGGGCGAAAUCACCAGGAGUUGCGGCCGUCGACGGUAACCACUCCAGCAGGCUGUCCCGUGCGGGCAGGAUGGCCCUGGACGUGCAGAGCAAAUGUGCUGCAUACGUGUUGGCUUUAAGACCAUGGAGUUUCAGCGCCUCCCUCACACCUGUGGCUCUGGGUAGCGCUCUGGCCUACAAACUGGAAGGCUCUGUGGACCUCCUCAUUCUCCUGGUCUGUGCCGUUGCGGUUCUGGUGGUCCAUGGGGCUGGGAACUUGGUGAACACCUACUAUGAUUUCUCCAAGGGAAUCGACCAUAAGAAGAGCGAUGACAGGACUUUGGUGGAUCAGAUCCUGAAGCCACAGGAUGUGGUGAUGUUCGGGGCGGCAUUGUACUCUGCAGGGUGCCUGUGUGCCACUCUGUUGUACUUCCUGUCCUCACUAAAACUAGAGCAUUUAGCUCUCAUUUAUUUUGGAGGACUGUCAAGUUCUUUUUUAUAUACUGGAGGCAUAGGGCUGAAGUAUGUCGCUCUGGGCGACGUGGUCAUCCUCAUCACCUUUGGUCCUCUGGCAGUUAUGUUUGCCCAUGCGGUGCAGGUGGGCUACCUGUCAGUGCUGCCGCUGGUCUACGCUGUGCCGCUGGCGCUCAACACCGAAGCCAUCCUGCACAGCAACAACACGCGAGACAUGGACUCGGACAAGCAGGCGGGUAUUGUGACCCUGGCAAUUUUGGUGGGGCCCACGAUGUCGUACGUUAUCUACAAUCUGCUGCUUUUUGUUCCUUAUUUGCUGUUCUGCAUCUUGGCCACACGCUAUACGAUUAGCAUGGCUCUUCCAUUGUUGACACUGCCAAUGGCCUUUCCUCUUGAGAGGCAGUUUCGCCGACAGUGUUACGCAAAGAUUCCUCAUAAGACUGCCAAACUCAAUUUGCUCAUGGGACUCUUUUAUGUUUUUGGGAUUAUAUUGGCGCCAAAGGGUAGCCUGCCGUUGUUGUAAGAUCUUUUUGUUCCUGUUCUUUUUAAUAUCGUUUCCUAUUUGUUUUAAACGGCCUUAGAUUGGUAAAAGCUUUAUAUACUUUUUGUAUUUCUAGUAACAUUAAUCUAAGGUUGAAAGACUUUAAUUUAUUGUUGUUAAUUUAUAUUUCGCAGUGAGCAAGUGUUCUCAGUACAGUGCUAAGGUACGUAGGCUGUCCAGGGACAUCAGUAUGGUAAAAGCGGACGACUAUAAAAAAUAAAAUGAUAUCUAUAUGUUUACUAGCGAAAUCGGAGUUUCAGAUAUAUUUAGGACACUUCUUAUUAUGUCAUGUUUUGUAAAGAAACUGUUUCUGAUCAUGUUUUUGAUUGUUAUUUUAUAAAACCAAUGACACAUUUCAAGUACAAAAUCUAAAUCUAUCUGUGUUCAUGAACACUCGCUUCAGUCUGAGAGACAAAGAUACAGUUGGUGAGCUAUGAUGCGUGUUUUCAUGAAGGCAAAUCUGUUAUCAGCAAAAAAAUUGAUUAGUUGUAGGGCCAUUGACCGUGUGUUAGGUCUUGCUAAAGACUUUCACAAAAUAACCGUGUAUAUUAUUGUAUAUGUCACCUU